GACAUAUCCUCCUCAAUCAAUCACACAGAUCAGAAUAUAAUUUCUUACUAUUUAAGUAGAACAAACUUAUUAGCUUGCUUGUUUAUCUUUGCAUCUUUCUUAACUAAUUAAGGAAAUGGAUGAAGAAGAUUCCAAGGCACAAGUGAUCGAGCCAUACGGGCCUUAUGGUUCUCAGUUGCCACAAACCUAUCACUUCCAACUUGCAGAAGGUGAACGUAUCUCAGCAUUCUCGGUAAGGCACGAAUACAUUAUCGAUGCAAUCCGUUUCGUGGUGACUAAGAGCGACGGAAGUACCUACACUGAAAAGUUCGGUGGUAAUGGCGGAAACGAAUCAAAGGCUACUCUCAGAGCUGGCGAAUACGUGACAAGAAUUACUGGGACGUACGGAAACUAUGAGUACCAUAAGGAUGGUCCCGUUAUAGGCACACUCAAGAUACACACUAAUUUAAACCCGGAUGGAUAUGGAAGUUAUGGAGGUCUUUCAAAUGGACAACCUUUUUAUUCUCCUUGGAGAGAUGAUGGUUUUGUAGUGGGAUUUUUUGGAAGGAGUGGUGAAUUUCUCGAGUCUUUGGGAAUUUUAUUCACGAAGUUCGCAAUUCAAAAGGUCUAGGUCUUGAAGACAACUGCUAUAAUAGAUACGACGUACUCCAACUGUCUGCCAAAAUGCAAUGAAUAAACCAUGGUGUGGACCAUCACUUUUAAAACGCCUUCAAUAAGCCACAAAUGUAUUCUAUAAGUGGCCUCUCAACUCUCAAGUAUGAUUUAUAAUCAUAAACCCGAGUGAUGUACUUAUCUUUAAUAUUUGUCCUAUGUGGUGUUAUUACUAUAAUAUAUAAUUAAUUUACCGUCGA